AUGGCAACGGAUGCCUUUGAGGAGGUCGACUGCACGUGUUCCUACGGAAUGAAACUCAACUGGGACAUCAAUGAUCCCAAAAUGCCUCAAGAGCCCAAACACUUUGAUAACUUCAGAGAAUGGCCAGAUGGCUACGUGCGCUUCAUCUACCGAGGAGACGAGAAGAAUGCUCAGCGCCAUCUUAGUGGCUGGGCCAUGCGGAACACCAACAACCACAAUUGCCUGAUCCUCAAGAAGUCUUGCCUUGGCGUGGUGGUGUGUGCACGGAGCUGUUACCUACCAGAUGGUUCGAGGCUGCAACUUCGGCCUGCCAUCUGUGACAAGGCCCGGCAAAAGCAGCAAAAAAAAGCAUGUCCCAAUUGUAAUUCAGCUUUAGAGUUGAUACCUUGCCGAGGUCACAGUGGCUACCCUGUUACCAACUUCUGGAGGCUCGAUGGCAAGGCAAUAUUUUUCCAGGCUAAGGGAGUUCACGAUCAUCCAAGACCAGAAAGUAAAUCAGAGACAGAAGCAAGAAGAAGUGCUAUCAAGAGACAAAUAUCAUCUCACCAGGCUCAAAAAAAGAGGAACAUGGAGUCCCAGAUUGAACAGUAUCAAGACACCAGUGGUCAUUUCAUAAAUAUUUCAUCCAGCUCAGAAAACCUAGAAAGGUUUAGUAUAGACACCAGCUUUCCUAUUCUGGCUCAGCCUUACCCUUCUUUCCAAAAAUCUGAUCCUUACAAAGCUACCUAUGACUCAGCCUGCUUUCAAGAAGACAUAAUUCCACCCUUUCAGAAAUGCCCAAAUCCUAGGAUCUAUAUGUCUAGGCCAACUUGUGGCUAUGAAUUCACAGUUCCCAAUUACAUAAACUCUAGCCCAUAUCCCAACCUCUACAGAGAUUCCAGUAAAAAACACAAUGACACAGAUUGGACUUAUCUCAAUGGACCACAGUGUAGUGUCAAUUCACUUAGUACCCAUGAUCAGAACUUGGAUGUCUCCAAUAAACAUCAUGGGAGGAAAGCAACUCUUGGGAAAACUGGCUGUGGGGAGAGGAAUAACCAUGGACAGUUCCAGGCCCCUGCCACUCACCCUUAUAAUUCAGAAUACUCCUGCAGGUACUUAGGGAGUGCCUCACCAGCAGCUCCAGCUCUGCAGACCGUGAUCACCACCACCACUAAAGUAUCUUAUCAGGCCUAUAAAUCACCUGUUGUGAAAUACAAUAACAAUGUAUGUGAUGUAAAAAGCCUUCAGAGCUGUAGCCACAUGUCAGAUUGCACCCCGAGGACCAUCUAUCCAGAAGUUAAGAUUCAAGAUGACUGUCAAGAAAGCAAAUCCACUUUGGCAUACAUUGAGGAACCAAUUCCAACCAAGGGAAAGCGAGUAGAUGCUUGGGAUGUGUAUCAAUUCGGGCUGGCCCCUGGAAACAGUUAUUCUGAUCAAGUAGAUCAGCUCUUUAGAUGUGAGAAUGAGGACUUCUGA